AUGGCUCUCAUGAAUGUCGAUCAAGUUCCCCCCACCAAGCCCGUUGAAAAGACCGCGGAUGUUCUUGUAACCCCCUGCGAUCCGUUGAGCGUGCCUUACUAUCUGGAAGAUGGAUUUCGUCGCGUCAAGCCAUAUUAUUACACUUACAACACCAACUGCAAGGAGCGAUGGCGGGGUCGCCAGUUGGUCGAGAUCUUCACAUCUGAGUUUCGCGAUCGGAAGCCUGAAUACUAUAGAUCUGCCCUCGAAAAAGGCCUUGUCCAGGUCAACGGCGUCAGAGCCUACCCAGAAACUAGGAUAAAAAACGGCCAGGUCAUCUCCCACACCCUCCACCGCCACGAACCCCCCGUCACAAGCCUCCCCGUCGGAAUCAUUCACGAAGAUGAUGAUCUCCUAGUCAUUGACAAGCCCGCUGGUGUCCCUGUACAUGCUGCAGGCCGGUACCACUUCAACUCGGUCGUCGAAAUUCUGCGCUCCGAGCGCGGUACCGAAUGGACCCCUCGCCCGUGUAACCGACUUGACCGAUUGACUUCCGGAAUCAUGUUCAUUGGAAAGCACGCCAAGGGUGCUGAGAAAAUGGCCACUGCCCUCAAGUCGCGCACGGUGCAGAAAGAGUACGUCGCGCGCGUCAAGGGCAAGUUCCCUGACGGCGUGGUUGUCUGCGACCAGCCUAUCAUGCAGGUUAGCCCGAAGCUGGGUCUCAACCGUGUGCGCGCCACCGGUAAAGAAGCUACAACCAAGUUCCGACGUUUGGCCUACUAUCCCCCGAAGACGUACGAGCCCAACACCACUGGAGAAGAUGGGCGUCCUGCUACCCCACCCAUGUUACUUUCCAAUGAAGAUGAGGGAUACAGUAUCGUGCACUGUUUCCCCCUGACUGGCCGCACCCACCAGAUUCGUGUUCACCUUCAGUUCCUAGGCCACCCAAUCAGCAACGACCCCAUCUACUCCAACCGCCGUGUUUUCGGGCCCGAGCUCGCUAAAGCCGACUCUAGCGCGGAGCGGGACGAGGAGAUUGUGGCGCGUUUAUCCCUCAUGGGUAAAACUGAGAUUCCUGACACGGUCUCUUACCGUACGCACCUGACCGCGGCACCCAACCUACCUCCUGGAACCGACCCGGUCCUCGUAAACGAGAUCAUGCACCGGGAACAGGUAGCCGCGGCUGAAAACUACGAAAAGCGCAAGGGUGAGAAACUGUCUGGGACAUUCUGCGAUGUCUGCGGCACAGAGCUCUACUCAGACCCUGGCGUCCAUGAGCUUGGUAUCUUCUUGCAUGCUGUCGCAUAUGCCGAUAAGGAUGGUGAUUGGGGAUACCGCAGUCCCAUGCCUCAUUGGGGCUUGCCUCCGCCGGGCAUGGAGGGUCCUCAGGAAGUUCCAGACUGGGUUCCUGCUGCUGAGGGUGAAGAACAUGUCAUUGGCAACGGAAUUAUUCCUCCUGGCUUGGGUGAUGAGGAUCACGCUUUGGAUGCCCAGACUGGCUCUGUGCUUCUGGAAGGUGUUGGCCUCGUCAAUAUCGCCGAUGCUGCGAAGAUGGCGAAUGAGCCUCCUCGUGAGGCUUCCGAGGCUGCGGUUGCUAAUUGA